AUGACGCAUACUUCGACAUUUGCGCUAAUUAUUGACUAUACACCUACAACUCUGGAGGAGCUCUCGAGCACGGAUUCGGACAGUGAGUGCUACAAGUACUGGGUUGAGUGGUACACGUGCAGUGAAGGAAAUGAGUACUUUUGCGAUGUCGACGAGGACUACAUUAUGGACAGAUUCAAUCUGACCAAUCUUGCGCAGGAGGUGCCCUCGCAAUACUACAACAAGGCGCUCGAGCUAAUAACCGACCGCCUGCCCGAAAAGCCCAUGAGCGAAGAGGUGCGCGAGAACGUUGAGCGGUCAGCAAAGCACCUAUACGGGCUCAUUCACGCGCGCUACAUCAUCACAGCGCGCGGCUUGGUGAAAAUGCUGGACAAGUAUAAGCGCGGAGACUUUGGGCGGUGCCCCCGCGUGUUUUGCUACCAGAAUCCGUUGCUGCCUGUUGGGAUUACAGACUUGCCGAACCAAAAGGCUGUGAAGCUGUACUGCAGCCGUUGCGAGGACAUUUACAACCCAAAGUCGAGGAGGCAUAAUAUGAUUGAUGGCGCGUACUUUGGAACGAGCUUCCCGCAUAUGCUGUUCCAGGUCUAUCCGUCGCUGAAGCCGGCGCCGACCGACCAGCGUUACGUGCCGCGUAUCUUUGGGUUUAAGCUGCAUUCGACUGCCGAGCUGCACAGGUGGCAGGACGAGCAGCGGGAGAAGCAGAAGGAGCGCCUGGGAAUUACAAACAACAACUGA